CUCUCUCUCUCUCUGCAUCACUUUAUCUUCUUCCAUCUUCUUUUUCACAAUUUUGUGUUAGAAAGGUGGAGUCUUGAAGAUUUGCAGUUUAAACUAAGGUGAUCUAUUAGUUGAAUACCUUUCAAGUUUCAACCUUCAUGGUCUUUGAUUAAUAAUGCCUUGAUCAUAAAAAAAGAGCUAGAAGUGGAGCAAAAAGUAGAAAGCUGUGUAGCUUUGUACAUGGGGAAGAUGAAUUCCCUUCUCUCAAUCUCCUUUGUGGUUCGAUUUUUGGUGACAAAAAGCCUUGGAGAAGCCCAAAUCCAAGCUUGUCUGCAUAAGCUCAACUAAACAAGAAACUGUACGAACUUUUGGAAAUUUUCAUCUUCAUCAUAGUGAUCAUACCAUUCAUCAAUGGUAAGCACUGUUCUUCUUUACCACCGUCCCCAUCGCCUCCUUCUCGAUCCAGGGCAGCCUGCCAAUGAAAGCAGAACACAUAAUGGAGCAUACUCCAACGAAGCGAAUUUCGACACCAACAUGGUGAUCAUCCUAGCAGCUCUUAUCUGUGCCCUGAUAUGUGCAUUAGGUUUAAACUCAAUAGUGAGGUGUGCCCUCAGAUGCAGCAGGAGGUUUUCUCUUGAGACCCCAGAUGAGACUGCAGCAAGGUUAGCAGGCACAGGGCUUAAGAAGAGCACAUUAAGGCAGAUUCCCAUUGUGGCAUAUGGGUCUGGGGUGCUUAAAAUUUUUAGUGCCACUGACUGCCCAAUUUGCCUUGGGGAAUUUUCAGACGGGCAGAAAGUUAGGGUUUUGCCAAAGUGUAACCAUGGUUUUCAUGUGAGGUGCAUAGACACAUGGCUCUUGUCACAUUCUUCUUGCCCAACUUGCAGGCAGUCAUUGCUGGAACCACAGCCACAAAGUUCAGAUUCUUCAGAAGCACAGAAUGAUGUGGUGGUUCCUGUUUCUGGUGAUGAGGCUGGUUGAUCUUGAUCAUGGUGUUUAAACAUUAGGCAGGAUAGAGUUGUUGACUAUCUUUUGUACGUUUUAAUCAAAGGUAGUUAGUGGUUUUUACUUGAU